AUGCCCACGGAGACCCUGCAGGCAGGUAGCAUGGUGAAGCCGGUCAGCCCCGCGGGCACCUUCACCUCCGCGGUGCCCCUGCGCAUCCUCAACAAGGGGCCCGACUACUUCCGCCGGCAGGCCGAGCCCAACCCCAAGCGGCUCAGCGCCGUGGAGAGGCUGGAGGCCGACAAGGCCAAGUACGUCAAGAGCCAGGAGGUCAUCAACGCCAAGCAGGAGCCCGUGAAGCCCGCCGUGCUGGCCAAGCCCCCCGUGUGCCCCGGCGCCAAGCGCGCGCUGGGCAGCCCGACGCUCCGGGUGCUGGGGCCCAGCGCCAAGUCCGAGAGCGGCGGCGGCGGGGGCGGCGUGCACCGGGAGACCCUCAAGCUCGAGAUCCUGAAGAACAUCAUCAACAGCUCGGAGGGCUCCAGCUCGGGCUCCGGCCACAAGCACGGCGGCUCCCGGAACUGGCCUGCGCACCACCACCACCACCGGCCUGACGCCACCGACCUGCACCGACACUCCUUCGCCGAGUCCCUCAAGGUCUACCCCAGCACCAGCAGCACGCCGGGCCGGGGCAGCCCGCAGGAGAGCAGCUCGCACGUGGGCAGGAGGCUGCUGGAGCAGACGGCUGCAGAGUCCUUCCUGCAUGUGUCCCACAGCUCCUCGGACAUCCGCAGAGUGACCGGUGGCAAGCCCCUGAGAGCCAUCCCCUGCAGCAGCUCCGCCCCUCCCCUGCCCCCCAAGCCCAAGGUGGCAGCCGUGGCCACCACCACGAAGCCCCCCGAGGCCGCCGACCCCAGCGUGGAGCCCGCCUGCGGGGUCAGCCGGAGGCCCUCCCUGCAGCGGUCCAAGUCGGACCUGAGUGAUAGGUACUUCCGCGUGGACGCCGACGUGGAGAGGUUCUUCAACUACUGCGGGCUGGACCCCGAGGAGCUGGAGAACCUCGGCAUGGAGAACUUCGCCAGGGCUAACUCGGACAUCAUCUCCCUCAACUUCCGCAGCGCCAGCAUGAUCAGCUCGGACUGCGAGCAGUCUCAGGACAGCAACAGCGACCUUAGGAACGAUGACAGUGCCAACGACCGGGUGCCCUACGGCAUUUCGGCGAUCGAGAGGAAUGCCAGGAUCAUCAAGUGGUUGUAUAGCAUCAAGCAAGCCAGAGAGUCCCAGAAGGUCUCCCACGUGUAA